UCACUGUCAUGUGUUGCAGUAGAGAAGUUUUGAAAUGGCGCCACUCAAUGCAAUAUGGCGGUCGCGUAUUGACAUUCGUCUACUUGUUGAUGGUUUACGUGUUGGCGUAGUUUAUAAAAAGUGCACAAUAGAAAUUAACAGUUACUUUUCUCUCACCCACCUCUAAUAUACUCUAUAAAUGUGUAAUAUAGUCUACAGGUCGCUAAAAGGUCACAUACUCGUAGCAAAUGGGCAGCAACUUUUACGAAGUGGAACGAAAGUGUACUGCGAAACCUUCAAAUCUAAAAACACAAACUGUACUUUAAGAUUAAUUUCUCAAGGUGUUGCUAAGAACUUCAUCAGCUCAAUGACUGCGGUAGAAGAUAUUGUGUUGAAUCAGGUGUUUCAAGGACAAGAGGAUCGAUUCCACGGCAUCACAGUUGAUUCAUCCAAAGAACCGUGUGAUGUCAGCGUUUUUCCUAAGAAGCUGGAAGCGUCAUUAAAACACUGGACUGAGAAGAGUUUUCGUGGUAUCUGGUUCAAAGUGACGCUGGAGUAUGCAGAUUGGGUACCAUUUCUCGCAAAGAAUGAAUUCCAGUUUCAUCAUGCGAAAUCUGGGUAUGUGAUGAUGUACCGCUGGCUGCCUACCACCGAAGAGUGCAAUAUUCCGCCGUAUGCGCACACAAUGAUCGGUGUUGGCGCAGUAGUUGUGAAUGACGCACACGAGAUCCUUGUGGUGAAAGAGAAGUAUUUCUUGAUUCCACACUGGAAACUCCCCGGUGGCUACGUAGAACCUGGUGAAGAUAUAGGAGAUGCAGCGGUUCGUGAAGUUUUGGAGGAAACCAACGUGAAAUCAGAAUUUGAGUUUCUCAUAUCCUUACGGCACACCCACAGCGGAAUGUUCAGAUGCUCGGAUAUCUACUUCGUCGUGGGUCUGAAACCAGUUUCAGAGGAAAUCAACAAAUGCAACAGAGAAAUAGCGGCGUGUGAAUGGAUGAAGAUCGAAGAAUUUUUACAACAUCCGUACGUUACCGAGGCCAGUCGUUUCUUUUUGGGGAAAUACCUAGAUUACCAGAAAUGCAAAACGUCUGUUGUAUGCGCAAAAAGUAUUCAUCCCUUGUUAAACAAACCGCAGUGUCUAUACAGCAUUGACUUCAAUCCAGAUUCAACUUUUAAAGGAAGAAGUAACUUGUAGGAAGUUAUACAAAGUGCUCUUCAAGUAUCUAGGGGUUCUUGUAUGUCUGAUUGACUAGCAGAUCAAAACAUCCUUCAAGCAAUGUGCGACCACUGCCAAAAAAUUAUAAAAAAUCUAUAAUAUCGAGAUAUUGGAACUAAUGGCGACGUCGAAAUAGUCUUACCUCUUAUUGGCACUGGUUAAAGUAAUUAGACUGUUUUUCGGAUUAUAAUUUUUAUACGCUUUAUUAUUCAGAUCCCGUGUUCAAGGAGGACUGAUAGAAAUUUGAAGAUCUUUGUAUGACUUUUUUGUAUUUUAAAAUGGGAAUUUUAUAAUCCAUGCAAUGUUUUUAUCUUAUGUAUAGUUUUAAAGUAAAAUGUUACAAAUAACAGAG